AUGGUGAAAUUCGUUAUCAGGGUUUAUGAUGGCGGUGUCUUCCUUCAACUGUUUGAUUACGAAGAACUACCCUGCACGUGGAAAUACAGCUACUCCUUCAAUUCAUUCUUUAUUGAUUCUACAAUCAAACGUAAUCAACUCUAAUUGGGUCAACUAUUCAAGUUCAGCGAUCCAUUCCAAUACCCAUAUAAAUACCCGUCCAUCUUCCCUUCAAAGCAGCAGCCGAAAGAUCAAGUUAUUCAGUAGGUUGCUUUUUGAAAUGGACGAUUCUCCCAAGAACGGAUCCUUUCUGAUGACUCCAAGGACAUUUGAUCAACUUCGUCAUGUCGAUUCCAUGGCUUCUAUGCCAUCAGGAGCUGGUAAGAUUCGCAGGUUGAAUGUUGCUGUCCUUGGAGAAUCUCUUGCUUCUGAGGAGGAUGAUCUCGUCUUUCCGAGUAAUGAUUUCUCUAAUCAGGCUCUUGUUUCUUCUCCACAGAAGUAUCUAGAGAUGUAUAGAAGAUCAAUUGAAGAUCCUGCUGGAUUUUGGUCCGACAUUGCAUCGGAAUUCGUUUGGCGAGAGAAAUGGGGGAAAGAUGUGUAUUCCGAGAACCUGGAUGUUAGAAAUGGAGAUAUUAAGAUUGAGUGGUUCAAAGGUGGGGUGACCAAUAUUUGCUUCAACUGCUUGGAUAGACAUAUUGAAUCAGGCAAUGGAGACAAAAUUGCACUCUAUUGGGAAGGAAAUGAGCUUGGGCAAGAUAGCAGUUUAACGUACAAACAGCUCCUUGAGAAAGUUUGCCAGCUCGCUAAUUACUUGAAAGAUGUCGGUGUUAAAAAAGGAGAUGCUGUUGUGAUCUAUUUACCUAUGCUCAUGGAACUUCCAAUUGCAAUGCUUGCUUGCGCUAGAAUUGGCGCUGUCCAUUCGGUCGUAUUUGCUGGAUUUUCUGCUGAAUCUCUUUCUCAAAGAAUUAUUGAUUGUAAACCUCGGGUUGUAAUUACCUGCAAUGCUGUUAAGAGAGGUCCCAAGGUCAUCUAUCUCAAAGACAUAGUUGAUACUGCCCUUGUUGAUUCAGCUAAAAAUGGAACUACCGUGGAUAUUAGUUUGGUAUAUGAAAACCAAUCUGCUAUGAAGAGGGAAGAUACAAAGUGGAAGGAGGGUAGAGAUAUCUGGUGGCAGGAUGUGGUGAACAACUUAUCUACUUCAUGUGAUGUUGAAUGGGUUGAUGCUGAGGAUCCAUUAUUUCUUCUUUAUACUAGUGGAAGCACUGGAAAACCUAAGGGUGUUCUUCAUACAACUGGGGGCUAUAUGGUAUAUACUGCGACGACAUUCAAGUAUGCAUUUGACUACAAGUCAUCAGAUAUAUACUGGUGUACAGCAGACUGCGGAUGGAUUACUGGUCACAGCUAUGUUUCUUAUGGGCCUCUUCUUAAUGGAGCAUCAGUUGUUGUUUUUGAAGGGGCUCCUAAUUAUCCAGAUGCUGGCAGAUGUUGGGACAUUGUUGACAAAUACAAAGUAACACUAUUUUACACUGCUCCCACACUGGUCCGCUCUCUAAUGCGUGAUGGUGAUGAGUAUGUUAAACGAUACUCGCGGAAAUCUUUAAGAGUACUUGGAAGUGUUGGCGAGCCUAUAAAUCCAAGUGCAUGGAGGUGGUUUUACAAUGUAGUUGGAGAUUCAAAGUGUCCGAUAUCUGAUACCUGGUGGCAAACUGAGACUGGUGGCUUUAUGAUUACUCCUUUACCUGGUGCCUGGCCACAAAAGCCUGGAUCGGCUACUUUCCCUUUCUUUGGAGUUAAGCCUGUUAUAGUGGAUGAGAAGGGCAUUGAGAUUGAAGGUGAAUGCAGUGGAUACUUGUGUGUGAAAGGAUCAUGGCCCGGGGCAUUCAGAACGCUUUUUGGUGAUCACGAGAGAUAUGAAACUACAUAUUUCAAGCCAUUUCCUGGAUAUUAUUUUAGUGGUGAUGGUUGCAGCAGGGACAAGGAUGGAUAUCAUUGGCUCACAGGAAGAGUUGAUGAUGUUAUUAAUGUUAGUGGACAUAGAAUUGGUACAGCUGAAGUUGAAUCUGCUCUAGUUUCUCAUCCCCAUUGUGCUGAAGCUGCAGUUGUUGGUGUUGAGCAUGAGGUCAAAGGGCAAGGUAUUUACGCUUUUGUUACUCUGGUUGAUGGAAUUCCCUACAGUGAAGAACUCCGCAAGAGUCUCAUACUUGCUGUCAGAAACCAGAUUGGAGCAUUUGCGGCUCCUGACAAAAUCCAUUGGGCACCUGGGCUACCAAAGACGAGAAGUGGGAAGAUAAUGAGGAGAAUUUUGAGGAAAAUUGCUUCUAGGCAGUUGGAUGAGCUUGGGGAUACAAGUACACUUGCUGAUCCAUCUGUUGUUGACCAGCUUAUUGAACUUGCAGAUUGAUCAUGCAUCCAUCCAACAACUGUGUGCUCUCAUUUCCUUGCAAAUCUUUUCUUUCUUUUUGUUUUUAUAUUUUAGUUGAAGCCAAUAAAUACAGAAAAAAAGGACAAUUUUAUUUUAGUGACAAUCUUGUUUAAUAAGUUUGAGAUUACAGAUCAUUGUAUGCAUUGAGAUAUAUGAUUUGAAGAGUUGAAGUCACUCAUCCUUGUCUU